GUUAAUACCAACACCAACACAGUUACCCAUUAUCGAAUGAGAGAACUUCCAUUGCAUACUGAUUUUGAGCAAAGCUGACUUUUUGUCGCUAUUUGUAGCGACCAGCUUCGGGAUGCGCUCGAUUUUCGUUUCAGCAAAUCUAUCCAUUUCACAAGUAUCAUCCACCAAUCAUGCAAUCUGGACUGCAUGCUUUCCGCCGCACCCUUCUCCGCUCUUUGCGACCCUCUCACAAAGCGUAUAGCACCCAUGCACAUGCAAAACGGUCUUGGGUCCUGGCAGGAACGACAGCUGUGGCGGUGUCCGGCCUUACGCUUGUUUUCUCUGCAGGAUUCGGAAAUCUGACAUUACUGGAGGAUGAGACGCGCAACCCCGAUCAGCCGAAAAGGACUGUGCUGGCGGGCGGCCAGGAGCUCAUAUCGUACGAUGAGGUACAGAAACACGCGACAAGGGACGACUGCUGGGUGAUCAUCGACGGUAUGGUGUAUGAUGUGACCGAAUUCCUCAGCCAGCACCCUGGCGGGGCAGAGGUUAUCCUGCGAAAUGCUGGGAAAGACGCAACACGCAUUUUUAAGCCGCUACACCCUCCCGAUGCCCUUGACAUCCUUGACGAGUCUCAGCGCCUUGGUCCUAUUGAUCCAUUAAGCGUCCCUGAGUUGGAGGAGGUUGAGACGGAGGAGGACAAGCGCAUAAAGGAAGCUCGGAAGUCCCUUCCUCCGGUAGAUACCAUGCUAUUACUGCAAGACUUUGAGGACUGGGGGCAACAGGUUCUAUCGGGGACUGCCUGGGCGUAUUACCGUAGCGCUGCGGACUCUGAAAACACAUUCCACGAAAAUACGGAUGCUUUCAGGCGCUACUGGCUUCGACCACGCAUCCUGCGCAAAGUCGCUCAAGGUGAUACCAAAACUUCUUUCCUCGGCAUAGACACGGAAACGCCAAUAUUCAUCUCCCCGGCCGCCAUGGCCAAACUGGGUCACCCACUUGGAGAAGUGAACCUUACACGCGGCGCUGGAAGAGCGGGAAUUGUCCAGGCCAUCUCGGCGAACGCAAGCUGUGGUUUGGACGAGAUCAUGGAAGCGAGGGAGGAAGGACAGAAGGUCAUCUAUCAGAUUUAUCUCAAUAAAGAUCGCAAAGCGUCUGAGGUUCUUCUCCAAAAAGUGGAAAAGCUGAAGCCCGCGGCAGUCAUGUUUACCGUGGACGUGCCUUGGCAGAGCAAACGAACCAUGGAUACGCGGGCAAAGAAUACGGUCAAUCCCCCCAUACAGGAUACAGCGGGUAGUGAAAAGAAGUCCAGAGCACCGCUGGGCGUGAGUGAAGCAAUUGGAGGAUAUCAAGAUCGGGACCUGUCGUGGGAGGACAUCGCCUUCAUCAGGAAAUACAUUAGUGUUCCCAUUAUCGUCAAGGGGGUUCAAAGCGUCGAAGACAUUGAGUUGUGCGUCAAGGCCGGUGCUGAAGGGGUCUUGAUUUCAAAUCACGGAGGGAGAUCGUGUGACUAUGCACCAGCGCCCAUCGAUAUAUUAUACGAAUUGCGAUGUCAUCGUCCAGAACUGUUCAACCAGAUAGACGUGUUAAUUGACGGCGGCGUCCGUACUGGUGCAGACGUCGUGAAGGCCCUUGCGCUCGGGGCGAAAGCCGUAGGAGUUGGUCGCCCUUUCCUGUACGCCAACGGUACUCAUGGGCAAGAAGGUGUUGAACGAGUCUGCGAGAUCUUGCAAGAAGAGAUCACCAAUACUAUGCGAAAUGCGGGAGCGACAAAAGUAUCGGAGCUCGUGCCGGAAAUGUGUGGACUGGCUGGUCCAUGGGUGGGUGGCAAUCGCCCCCCGUACGCACCCAAAAUUUAAUAGAAUGGCGUUCAGAAAAAGGCUUGUACUCAGCUACACCGUGUAGUUAGUUGUUUACAUAAGCACCAGUAUGCCAUUUGUCAUUCUACACUUUCAACAACCGCCAACGACGGUAGCUCGACUUGUACUGAUCUUGCGGCCCAAAAGGCAGAAAAGUAGGGUAUUCUGACCAUACAGCAGCCGGUAAGCCUCUGAUCAUAAGCUGCGUGUUUUACGAGCUGUAGACGGGACAUUUUACUUCGUAUGGGAUGCUGAACGGUGUGGUAUUUUCAGCCACCAUCCCAAGGCCAUCGGGCUGACAGACGACUUGUAAGUGUAUUAUCUAUACAGCUCAGUUAAAGAGAUUUUGUUGGACCAAGUGCUAUGCAACUGGGUGGGAAUUCGAUGGAUGUGGAAUUAUGGCCCCCAUCCAAACGAAAAGCCGAUGGAGUAAGAAGAGAUCGGAAAUGCGAGCCUCUCGCAUACAAGUGCAUUGGACUGUGAUGCGAGUCAAGGAUGGAUUAGCACCGACCACGACGAGAACUCCGCCGGCUAUCGGGAUUAUGCCCAAAGCUGUUGUAGGUACAGUAUGUGGUGGUAGAUAGGUAUAAUAGACCGGUAUACACUGCAUAGUAGUAUGGGCCGUAGUCUAUGGCUUGCUAUGUA